UUUCUGUCUUUGCGUCGUGGCUUUGAGAGCGUUUUUCGCCAAACAAAGUUUCGAGUCCGGGGCCCGAGAUCCGCUCAACUACUACUAAAGUUGGACGCCGCAUUUGCCAAUUGAAACAUUCAAAUGUGAAUAUCGUACGGGUGAAGACGUCUUCUGUUCGUCUGGCUCCGACUCUGGCUCUGAGAUUCCUCGUACUCCCCAAACAAAUAAUACACCAAAUAAUCGACAAUAGUGAGACAACAUUGCCACAACAGUUACACGAAAAAGUGCAACAUUAUAACUAAUAUUCACAAGCGAAACAGAAAACACACAUAAAAGAGAAACACAUCAACUUGGAGAGCGGAAAACGUUGUCAUAAAUAAGUUUAUAGCAAAACCUACAUAUUACUUCCAUCACGAAACCGAAAGCAGCAAAAAGGAAGCUGUGGAAGAUUGAGUUGCUGCCACAGUUACUGCCACAGUUACUGGCGAGUGUUGCUGCCACACAAACAGACAUUCAGAGCACCGCUGCCAAUGAUGCCGCUGUUGAUGCCGCUUAAAGGCAAUUCCAAAUACAAAAUGCGGUGUACGCAGCUCAAUUUGUUGUGUGCUCUUCUCCUGCUGGCAGUUGUAGGCCACACAAGCGCAGAAACAAAGUACCGCACACCUGCCCGCAUUUUGGCCAAGCAAACGGGUGCCACACAGUUCGAGGAGGAGCGCUACGAGUCGCAUACAAACUGCAAUGAGCACAAGCAUCACCUGAAGAAGCGCGCCUCCGAUGAGGAUGUGGACUAUGAGGUGUACCAGGGUGUGGUGGGCAGACCGGGCAUUGAUUUUCCCAUCUAUCCCAGGAUACCCAAGACCUCCUUUAGCUGUCGCUCUUUCGGGAAUGGCUACUUUGCCGAUAUGGAAACGGAUUGUCAGGUCUUUCACAUCUGCGAAGAGGGACGCAAGAUCUCGUUCCUCUGUCCAAAUGGCACCAUCUUCCAGCAGAGCGAACUCACCUGCGACUGGUGGUUCAAGGUGAACUGUUUGGGAUCCUCUGGCUACUAUGCCGAGAGCGCUGAGAUCCUCAACAAGCAGCGUGUCCAUCGAGUGCGUCCAUCAGUGCCUGUCCAGGGAUUCAACAUUGUCGGCGGUGGCCUUAACAUCAAGCCAAAGGUCACUCCUGUCGCCGGGCAGGCGAGGGCUGGUCCCCGUACCAAAUCCGACAGACGCAUCGAUUCUACGGAGGAUGUGCCCGCCUCCGUGGAGAGCGUAGACUUUGACGAUGUGUCCGGGGAGAAGCAGCGCAAAGUUCUGACCAGCAUCGACAAUAAUAGCAACGACCACGAGACCCAGAUCACCGCCGAGAGCUCCUCCUUUGUAAGCGGCUCGGGCAAGCGUCGCAACAACAAAGGCAGCGACUCCAAUCGGAACAGCCACGACGAUGUCACGGUGCUGAAAUCCUCAAGGAGUAGGACGCCAUUGGUGUCCCAGGAAAGGGCUCCACUAGCCUCUCAGGAGAGAGCUUCACAGGGCCCUCAGGAAACCCGGGCACCCCUGGCAUCCCAGGAAAGGGCACCACUCGCCUCUCAGGAAAGAACCCCACUGGCCGCAUCCCAGGAAAGAGGACUGCCACGUGGCGAAUCCACAGAACGGGCAAGGCAGGGACAGCGCGGACAGCACAGAUGGAGGGAGAGCGGCAGUGAAGAGCACAGCAAGGAAAGAGAGAGGGAAAAGCCCAUUGUUCAACUCAAAGAGAAACCCACCGCCAGCUCCCAGCAAAAGGAAAGAACCACCGCCAGCUCUCAACAGAAGGAUAAGCCCAACUCUGGCUCCCAACUUAAGGAUAAGCCCACCUCUACGUCCCAACUCAAGGAUAAGCCCAACUCUGGCUCGCAGUUAAAGGACAAGCCUGAGUUCUAUGAGGCUCACUCCACGCGUUCCGUUCAACACACGACUCCGUACUUCACGGCUGGCAGCUACUCCACCGUCCGCCGACUUGAGCCCAGCAAAUCCACGCCCUUCUACACGCCCACUGUGCCAAGCCUGGUGAAAGCCAAGGCCACGGAGGGAAAGCUAAACUACAUCAAGGGAGGACACUCUGCCACGACACCGAAUCCGAAUCGCUUUGGAGGUGCCAGCUCUGGCAUAUUCCUGGAAUCGUCGGUGGCGCCCAAGAUCAAGCCCACAGCCAGUGGCAGCAUCGAGCUGGACAGCACCUACAGGCCGGUGAUCAUUGGCAUGAGGCAUCACUACGAUGUGGCAAGUUCGGGGGAGUUCCGACCACCAAGCAAGCAGAGUGAGAGUCGCGAUUAUCUACCAACUACGCCAUCUCCAUCGGCAACGAGCAGUGGACCCACCUAUCUGCCAAAGAGCGCCAUCUCCCCGAGAGGCAAUGCAGCAGCUGCAGCAGGAGAGGAUGCGCUGCUCUUUGCGCCCAAUCCAGUGAAGGAGGAGUCUGUGUUCCGCAAUGUGCAGGACAUGCUGAAGACGAUGAACCUGUUGAAAGAUCAGUUUGAGGAUGUGGAGCUGAGUGCAGCGGCAGCGGCACCAGCCAGAGUUGGCCUGGAGAUUCCACCAUCCUCCGGACCAGAUGCUUUGGUUACCCUGGCCAAAUAUUUCGCACAGGAACACAACGAAACGUCCAAUGCUCUGGGAAAGCCUCAGAAGUCCGAGAAACCCGAAAAGACAAAGACGAAGCUCUCAGUGAAGCCACCGCCACUGCCCACAGCCAAGCCAUCGGAUACCACAGCCAUUCUGACCACCUCGGAGAAUCCGCCAGCCAUCAGUGAGGAUGCGGAUGACAUCAAGCACAGUCUGCUGAGUGACAACACCGUCCAGAAGUACAGCAGCCUCUUUGGAUUGAAGCCCGCAAAGGGACGAGUCGGCGGGGAGACGGACAUCAGCACUGGCCUGCUCUCGCCCAACCCAAAUGAGACGCAAUCUCUGCCAGAAUCGGAGCAGGGCUCAAAGUACCAGCAGUUCCCGCAGAUUGGAACCACUGGCUCUUCCAUUGGUGCUCUGGCGGAGAAGCCCGAGUCGCGUAAGAUUGCCCAGAUCUUCUCGAAUGCUUUGUCCAGCUAUCUGGAUAAUCCUGCGACAUUCCGCGCUGAGCUGGCGGCCCGUGCACGUCCCACAGAGCCACCAGUUACACCAAACUUUAAGCCAGUGACCACAACAGACUCCUCACUCUUCAGCGAUGGAACGGCCAAGUAUUAUCUGCCCACCAAAUCCGUUCCCGUGGCUACUACACCCACGCCCCAGAGCAUUGCGGUGGAGAUCAACCACAAGUUCGAUUCGACACCAGCGCCAGAGUACUCCACAACGACGGAGCUCUACGAGCUUAGCACGAGCCGUGGACAGGAGUUGGAACUGUCGGCAGAGCUCUCCCCGCCCAGUGCGGACUCCGGAGAGGGCGACGAGUUCCUGCAGCAACAGCAGACCCAAUCCUUUGUGAAGUCACGCAAUGAUCUGCUGAAGGAUUCCAGGCCCCAAAAGCUGAUCACUACCCACAAGCCCACAGAGCAUCCGUGGGCAUUGAAGUCUCAGACCGAUUUCCUGGAUCCCCUAACCAUCAACGAUGGCCUGAUGAAGGAGCAACGCACCUCAACGACCACAACAAAGGCCCCAUUUACAUACCUUCCACGGCUGCUGUCGGGCGUGGGCACCACAACGCCCACACCUUCGCGUUUUGAGUGGGAGGACAUCUUCAAGAGCUACGACAUACCCAGGGAUGCGUUGCCCUCUAGCAGUGGCCUGCAGCGCAUUGCCAACAAGCUCUUUGGCGGCCUCAACGAGCAGGAGGCGCUGCAUCUGCGCAAUGUGAUGGCCAAGGCGGAGCACGAUCGUCAGGUGUUGAGCCUGCUGCUGCUGCUCAUCCAGACCUGCGACGAUCACAAUGGAAAGGCACUGGAGCGUUCCAGGAAGCAUCUGCUCAAUGCUCUCAUCGAUAUUGAUAGCAAAAUUCCAGCGGCGCCAGGGAAAUCCUCCAGACAAAGGCUGGCCACCACCACCACACGCAUUCCGGUGACAACAUUCCGACGAAAUGGUGGUGGCGAGUACUUUACCAGCACCACGCCGGGCUAUACGACCACCACAGAUGUGCCGCUGUUCAGCACCACACCGGGGUCGGGCAGCAACGAGGAGACGACCAAGUUUGAGAUCCGAGUGGAGGACAUUGAGGAUGACUUGGGGGUGGCGGCGACAACUGUGGCACCCACGCUGUUGCCACUCGAGGGCAACUCGGAUCGCCGGGCCCUGGAGCUGCUCAAGUCAUUAUAUUCGCUGGCAUCGAAGUUCAGCAGCAGGCGGUAGGCCGGAGGAGAUCGUUGGCGGGUUCCUAGCGAUAUGCGAAAACUUUUGCGAGUUAAUGCCUAACUUUUAGUCAACUCCACUCCAUACUUUAUCUUCACUCUUCAGUUUGAUGUAUUUUAAUUUAAUUCUUACGAUUUUCCUUAUGAUUUCUCUCAAACCAUUUACACUAUUGUAUAUCUUGUUAAUUAAUUUCGUUUAGCCAAUGCAAUUUUCGAAAAAAUAGUUUGUAAAUAAGUAAAAGUUCGAAACGAAAACGAAAUGAAUCGAAAUACUCCCCCUGAAAUACUCGAGGCAUAGACUUGGUUAAUUCCUGAAUGCCCAGCCAAGCAGUUUCCGUAUUAAGUAUACAAUUUACUAUAUAAUCGAGCGAUGUAUUGAAUUAGUUUCAUAUUUUAGUCUUAACUAAAGAAAACACACUACAAAAACACACAAAC